AUGGCAGACUCGUUUAGAAAACCCAAACCACUGAGCUUCGAGGGAAACGUGGCAGAAAAUUGGCAUCGGUUUGAGCUAGAAUUGGAUAUAUUCUUGGCAGCAGCUCAUCAUGACAAAACGGAAAAGACGAAGGCAUGCAUCAUGCCUAAUAUUGAUGGGAGAGAAGCGAUUGAAAAGGAAAGGUCGUUCGUGUAUUCACCGGCUGUACGCAAUGAAGCAAAUGAAAUAAUCACACCGGCAGAGACGAAAGAAAGCAUUGAAGUCCUCAAACGAAAAUUUAAAGAAAUCUGCAAUCCACAGGGGAAUGUAAUCAUGGAAAGACACAAGUUUAACGUAAGAAACCAGAGAGAUGGUGAGUCUAUUCAAUCUUAUGUUUCUGAUCUCCGUAUAUUAGCCGAUACAUGUGAAUACGGCACAAUGAAAGAUGAAUUUAUUCGUGACAAAAUAGUGUGUGGUAUUAUAUCGGACAGGGUUCGAAAGCAGUUACUAAAAGAAACGGCACUCACACUAGACAAAGCGGUUCAAAUUUGUCAGUUAAACGAAUUAUCAGAAGAUUACGGUAAACAACUUUCAAAACGCGAGUCAGACAAACAAGAUGUAAAUUACAUUAAACCCAAAAAGCCAUUAAGAAAGCAAUCAACCAUACUAAGUUGCAAAAGUUGCGGGGGCGAGCAUAGAGCAGAUAAACAAGCAUGUCCUGCAUUUGGAAAACAGUGUCAUGGUUGCGGGAAGUCAAACCAUUUCAAAAAAGUGUGUUAUUCUGCAAAAUUUUACCAAAAAGGUCCUAUGAAAAAGGUCCUAAUGAAAAUUUCAAAAGCGUCCGGGUCGCAUAGAUGUCUCGCGUUGAUGAAAUAUUAGCACCUAAGUAUUCCCCCGAAGGAAGUGAUAAAGAAUUAUACAUUAUUGAGACAAUCGAAGGUCCACAGGUGGCGCACAAUAACAAAGAAAUUUAUUGUACAACUAAAAUCAAUGGUCAUAAUGCGGAACUAAAAAUUGAUACGGGGGCAAGAUGCAAUGUGAGUUUAUUUAAAAGGAUUAAAGACGGUGAAAUUAUUAAUAAAUCAAAGUCAGUAGAGUUGGUAGCUUAUGGGGGCUAUACAUUUUCAACUCUGGGUACUGUAGAGAUGAAUUGUCAUAUUAAUUCAACAAUACAUAGGUUAGAAUUUCAGAUCGUGGAUAAGCCUGUCGCAUCACUUUUUGGCUUAGAGGAUUCAUUGAAAACGAAUCUUAUUAAGCUAAACGAACGCAUUCACGAAGUUCAAGCAAGCAACGAGUUCAGAGACAGGGUUAUGGAGAAGCACAAAGAUCUUUUCGAUGACAACCUUGGGGAAUUACCAGUCGUUUACUCCAUGAAAGUUGACAGCAACGUAACACCCGUAAUAAACCCACCACGCAAAAUACCAAUCGCAAUGGAAAAAAGGUGA